GUUUCAACUCAUGUUUUUUAUAGAAAAAUCUUACAUUGCAAUGAGGUGCCAGAUCGGAAGCUGAAGGCAGCUAAGGCAGCUUUUGAUGCAAGCAUUGAUGAUGGCAUAACCUUCUUUGAUAUAGCUGAAGUCUACGGUGCAGCAUUCAUGGGAGCAGUGAAUUUACAAACUUUACUUGAAAGCUUCAUCAAGGAAAGGCAACAAAAAGAAUCAGUUGAGGUAGCUGCGGCAACAAAACUUGCAGCUCUGCCUUGGAGGUUCGGUCGGGGGAGUGUCCUUUCUUCUCUCAAAUAUUCACUUUCUCGUCUUGGGCUUUCUGCAGUUGACCUCUACCAGCUUCAUUGGUCUGCUUGUCAAGCCUCUUCCUGCUGCUAUUCCUUGAAAAUUAUCCGACUACAGUGGAUACAUUGAUGGACUUGGAGAUGCUGUUGAACAGGGCCCCGUAAAGGCUGUUGGAGUCUCAAACUACAGCAUCCAGAAAAGCAUCUUCGAGAUGCUUAUAAUCAACUCAGAAAGAGGGGAAUUCCACGAGCUUCAAACCAAGUAAAUUACAGUCUCAUAUACAGGAAUCCUGAGGAAAAUGGUGUGAAGGCUGAUUGUGAUGAGCUGGGGAUCACUUUAAUUCCAUAUUCUCCUAUUGCUCAAGGCAUGAUUCAUAUAUUUGGAGUUUCUUAUAUUGCACACCUUAUUUUACAAUAUUAUAAACCAGUUGAACUUAUUUCAUUGGCUUUGACGCCUAUCUUGAAGUAGGCCGUGCAUGAAAUGUAUGCAGGGCUCGAAAAUGGAGGAGAUUAUAUCUUUGAAGGGAGUAGUGAGGAGAUUAUAGUAUGAUUCAUGUUUCAUGAAGAAGCUAUAUACUGUUUUUUGAGAAAAAAAGGAAAUAACUUGCCAAGGAAAAAUAUUCCGACACUUGGGCAUGAAGUUACCAAAUAUUACUAACUUUCAUGCAGGUGUCAAGCAGUAGUCCAAUCCCUAUCACUUAACAUGAAUCGGAACCUUAGUGCAGCACUAUGUAAAAGAUGAUAGAGUUUAUUUAUGCAAGGCCGAAACAAGACUUAUAGUUUUCCCACAUCCUGCAGGCUAAAGUAAAACUUCAUACAGUCGUCUGCUUCUCAUCAGAAAUGAAAAGCGUCUGUUAGCAGGACAGGAGAAUGUUGUGCCCAUCCCUGGAGCCAAAAAUGAGGAACAGGCUAAGGAGUUUGUUGUUGCUCUUGGGUGGAGGCUCACAGAUCAAGAGGUUGCGCAGCUUCACUCGCUAGCAUCUAAAUCCAGACAAGCUGUUGGAUUACCUCUUGAUAAAUUGUAAUUUGACAGUUAUAAGAACAUGGUAUGAUUCCAGAAAACCAUAUGAAAUAUCUUGUCCUGUGCAUCAUUGCUUAUGUAUCACUCCAAUGAAACAACCAUGACAUGAAAUAAUAGAUUCCAAAAAUUGCAUAAAUUUACAAAU